GUCUUGUCGUUUACUAAUAUACGCCGCAAGUUUAUUCAAUUUACCACCAAUAACUGUACGACAAUCAAAACUGACACUUAAGCGUUUUUAAAUAAAACUCGAAAUUCCAUUUUUCAUAUCGAACACUCGCUUCAGGGGUGCGAUAAGAUGUCAACCGAAAGAUACUGCAUGUCAGAAAAAUGAUAAAUGAUCGAAACACGUCACGAACUUAAUCUCUCCGAUAAUACAAACCACAGCGCCACCUGUGCGCCGCGAAACGAAAAAACCGAACGGCAAAGUCGCCUGUAGAUGUCCACAACUGACCCAGUUACCUCGCUGGGCGAAAAUAGCCAGUCACAAUAGCUCACCAACUAUUUUUAGUGUUCUUAAACAUUUAAAAAUAAAAUAAAUUAAAUCGUUUUAAAAUCAGUUGUGUGGUGUACUGUGGGGCGAAGCGGCGGCCCGUCUGGACUUGCGCGUUUCAGGCAGUCGUGAUCGAUACCUCGACGAGGGCACAUCCGGACCCACGCCGCUUAGUAAACGCUAGAUAAUAGUUUAGUAAACAAGGGAACAUGCACUAGUUUGGUUAUAAAAUGGAGAACGUAAAACGUUAUAUACGAAGCGAAUCGGCUAGUUGCGCGCAUAUGGUCGAGGAAGGCUCCGCCAUCAACAGAAAGAGCGCCGACCCCCAUGAAAAGCUGAAGGCUCUAUUGAAUUCCCCCGAAGAUGACACAGAAGACACCUUGCCGCCCACCGAUGCCCCUAAAUUCGGGACGGUAAUCCACAAUCGGAUAUUUGUGGGGGGCUUCUCCCUGACGACCACUGAUGAAGACCUGUGGAAGUUCUUCUCGACUUUCGCGACAGUGACGGCCGCGAGGGUCAUCUACGAUCGGGCAGGCGUUUCCAAGUGUUACGGGUUCGUGACAUUCGCCAGUCCAAGAGUUGCGAAGCUCAUCGUAAAGCAGAGCGGCGGAGUAAUGUUUUCUCCGCUUGGGCGUUUGAGAGUCGCGCAGGCUGUCAGGAAACAGAUAAGUCAACUCCCAGUCCUGGGAACUGAAGCUGCCCCACUACAAGCUCCGUUGUGCUACCAGCUGCUCUGUGCUCCACCUCUAGCUCCGCUCCCAACGUGUGGUCCAUGCGAACUGCCACCACCGUAUGCUGUGUAUCCUCUGCCAUUUGAGACUCCGGCCAUAUAUGGUCCACCAGCCCAGUACACCUUGGUACCGGCUCCGUAUAGCGCCCCGUGCUGUGAGCCCACCUGCUGCACUCCACUCGAUAAGCAGCCCAGGAUUGCUCCGGCACCACUACAUCCGGCGUUCAUUUACUGAAACCUUCAGUUCCUUACGUCAUUUUCAUUUCGUGCGAGUCAAUGAUCGUUGACGUCAUCCAAGCAACUUCAGAAAUUGUGUUUGACGCAUCCAUCAAUGACGAAAUAUCUACUUCGAAAGAAUAAAGUUAAUAGUGAAAUGACAAUUUGAGAAAUUCACACUAAAAAUCUUAAUCGGUAAUAUAAUCAAGUUAAUGGUCAAUCAUCAAUACGACAGCUUGAAGCUACAAAGUGCUUAAAAAAACUAAUGAUCAUUGUCUCGCAAAACUUCUGGUAUGUUUAUAAAAUAAUUUGUAUAUUUCGCUUUGAACUUUGCUUCUUAAUGUGAACGUUCGCAAGAAGCUUUUUGUAAAAUUCCAUAUUUAUUGCUCAAGUCUUCCAACCGAUUCAUGCUCAAUACUAUCUCACUCAUAGAUUGUUUCUUGAAUACACGAGAACAAAAUACGUUUUCUGGAGUGGUAAGCGGUAAUAAAUGUGUUCAAUCUAUUCUGGGAAUUAUCGAUGAAUUUUGCCUAUUGUGCUGUUAUUUUUUAAAUUCUAUCAGUUACUUUUGUAGUUCAUUCAAGCGUUAUAACAUUCUCAAAGUGGUUUUAGAUUCAUCGAAAGAACUUAUUGAACUGUUUUUCCAAUAUGCCUCCAGUAAAAGUUCAUAAAAGUAAAUUAAGUUUUUAAAGUGGAAACUCUUUAUCUGAUUUUAAUCAAUUGACUCACUUUAACAACACCGAAUUAAUGUGUUUCAAUACAGUAAUGAUAGUAGGUUUAAUAAACAUGACUUUAAAUCGGAACACAAAAAUGCAAAAGAGUUUGAUGGAAUCCUUGAUUAAGUGAAUGAAAAAGAUCCAAACUAUGUGAAAAACGAAGUUGACAAACUUGUGCAAGAACCGGCACAAAAUGAUUAGUUGCUAGUUGUGUAGAUAAAAAUAUUACCUCUCGUAAAAGACAAAUAUAUUGCUUGUUAUCCUUUUGAAGGAUUUUGUUUCAAUUUAGUGGUUAAGAUUGAUUUUUUAGGGUUCCCUCAUAAUCUAGAAAGCAGAGGAGAAAUAAAUAUUUUUUGUAACAUAUUCAGUUUUGGAAAUGUUGCUGUUGUUUAUAUCUGGGUCCAAAGUGUGAAUGGGAACCGACUUAGGGUUGCAAAGUAAUACAAAACUGGUUUGAAAAUAAAUAAUAGAUAAUUAUUGGUGUGAUAUUCAUUGUGGGGAUGGAACGUAAGCAAUAACUUCCUAGCUAAUAAAAUAACACGUUGAUGGGUUUGUUGUUUGUUUGUGUGAAUUUGAAAAACAAAAAUAUAGAGCUAAAAACGCGCUACACAAAUAUCGACAGCUUAGCAGCUGCACAACUUCAAGCUAAUGAAUAAUUCAAGCUAUUUAAAUUGAAAAAAAAAAACAAGAAUUUCGUUAAUCCAAUAAUUUAGGACCAAAAUUCUUGUUUCGAGUCGAAAUAUCGCGUCGUCAUUUAAAAAAAAAAUCUUUUAAUACGUAAUAUCGUUGUAAUAAUCAUUUUUGAUAUAAACUAUCUCUGUGUGCUACUUUUAGUGCUGUAUGUGAUCCAUUUCCAGCUUCAAGAAUUAUUUUAAUCUUAACACGCUCGUUAUCUGUGUGUUGACCUUCAAUGGAUCAAUCAAAUAUCAUAGCUGGAUCAUGCGUACUAAGGCCUUUUGCCUGUAGUUUAAGGCUUUUGUCUCAAUUAUUACAUUGUACAUCAUAUACGACUAAUUACUUGAAAUUACGGUCAAUUUAAUGUCUUGAAUUUCGAUUACUAUUUAUUAGAUAAGUCUGUAGCGUAAAAGUGAUGCUUUGAUGCCCAAAACAUAAAAUCGUUUCACAAUAGGCUUCUAUUGCGUUUCCUCUUCAAUAAUUCAUAAUAUGGAAUCUGAAAUUUAUGAAAGCAAUAAAUAAUAAAGGUGAACAUGUAUUUUUGUGUUUUUAAGAUAUCGUUAGUAAUUAGCUUAUUAUGAAUCGUCUGAUGUUUAUCACUAUUUACUAAAAUAUCUAAUUGUAUAAAUCACUUUUUUAGAUUCUAUUCUCGAGUACAAUAUUGAUGUGUUGUAGUUUAUAAGCUGUUUAAUCUUAUCACUGCUUUUACAAUAACUUAUAUGAAUAUAUAAAAAAAACGCACUGGACUGUAAUGUGAGCUUUCGGGCUUAAGCCUGAUCGUAGUGUGAGCACGCUACUUAAUGGUGCGUGUGUUGGAUGAUAAUGGGAAAUGAUAGCGUUGGCAGCUUCAAUCUAUGUUCUAAUUCAAAGGAGUUUGGAUAUAUUUUCCAGUAGCACUAUUUUUAAUGCAGAGGCAAAAGUACGGGAAUAUAUUUAAUGCUAUCUGAUUCAAGAAGUAUUAAAUGCUUCUUUUCUUAAAUUCAAGUCUAUACAUAACCAUAGACUUCUCUCCAAAGACAGUUAAUUCGAAAGUUUACUGAUGGUAGGACCUCUUGUGAGUCCGCGCGGGUAGGUAC